AGAGGUAGUGGCACUUUCUGCUGCAAGCUUAAUGCACUAAUCCGAAUGAAAGGAGUGCAAAUGAGUUCGUAGUUGUACCAAUACUCCCUACUUUCCCUGCUCCACAAUAAAAUAACCACCGCCACUCCCCUCCGUGGCGCUACCCAAUUCCGAAGCCGGACAUGGCCAAGGGUCGCAAGCUAACCACCAGCCGUAGCGAUCGCUUCCUCGGAACCUACCCCCAGGCCCAAUCGUCCGCCGGAGAUCCAUCGGAGCUCCGGGAAGAGGACAUCUGGUCCACGGCGGACGAUACCGAUGCCGCCACCGCAGCUUACGCCGAUUGGGAGACAAUUUCCGCUGCGGAGUCAAACGGUGGCGGUGGCGCGACGUACCGUCGCCGGAUUUCCCACGAUGGUCACCGACAAUCCGGUGGAUUGUCGCUGGCGUUUGAGGAUCCGGCUUGCAAUGCUGCGGCGACGCCAAGAGUCGUACACCAGUUCCGCCCUCGCGACGGCGGUACUGCUGCGGCUUCGCCGAGGGGGCGCCACGUGGCGACGUCGGCGCCAGUUAACGUGCCGGAUUGGAGCAAGAUACUCCGAGUGGACUCGGCCGAGUCGCUGCACGGCGGUGGCGAGGAUGACGAUUUUGACGACGGCGCGUCGGAGAUGGUUCCGCCGCAUGAGUACUUGGCACGAAGCCGGAAGGCGGCGGCGAACUCGGUUUUCGAGGGAGUCGGGCGAACCUUGAAGGGCCGGGACAUGAGCCGGGUACGUGAUGCCGUUUGGAGCCAGACCGGGUUCGAUGGAUGAAAUCCGGUUGGUUGGGGUAAGCGAUUCGAACCGGUUUGUAAUUGAGUUGAAUAUUGUUAAUUAUUGUUUAGAUUAAAGGAGGUGGCGGUGGUUAGUUC